AUGGCUGUCAACCACAUUUCGAGCCCCGCCGAGUUCCAGUCGCUGCUGGACAAGACGAUGUACGUCGUGACGGACUUCUACGCAGACUGGUGCGGACCCUGCAAAGCAAUUGCCCCAAUGUACGAGCAGUUCGCAAAGGCCUCGACAGUACCUGGCUACCUCGCCUUCGCAAAAGUCAACGUCGAUAAUGUUCAGCCAGUCGCGGUGCAAUACGGGGUUUCUGCUAUGCCGACGUUUAUGUUCUUCAAGAAUGGCAAGCAGGUGGCAGUCAACGGACAGGCGCUUAUACGUGGCGCGGAUGUGCCCAGUCUGAAGGCGGCCACGGAAAAGCUGGACAAGCUGGCUAGGGACAAACAGGCCGCCGGGGUCAAGGUUGGGGAGUAG